GCCAAUCGCAGGCGCGGGGGGCGUGUCUUGGGAGGCAGAGUGUGUGUUGCAGGGUGAUCGGGCUCUCAGUGGUGGAAGUUGGGGGAAGGAAGCGACCCGCUGGAGGGAUCAGGAGGAGGGUUCAGAGGCCGCAAUGAGAAGCCGGAGCAAUUCUGGUGUCCGACUCGAUCGAUAUGCCAAGCUGGUCCAGCAAACCAUCCUCUGUCACCAGAAUCCAGUCACGGGUUUGCUGCCAGCCAGCUGCGAACAUAAAGACGCCUGGGUGCGCGACAAUGUGUACACCGUCCUGGCAGUGUGGGGCCUGAGCCUGGCUUACAGGAAGAAUGCCGACCGGGACGAGGACAAAGCCAAGGCUUAUGAGCUGGAACAGAAUGUGGUCAAGCUUAUGAGGGGUCUUCUGCAAUGUAUGAUGAGACAGGUCCCCAAAGUGGAAGAAUUCAAGUACAGUCAGGGCACCCGAGAUUCCCUCCAUGCCAAGUACAACACCAACACCUGUUCUACUGUCGUUGGGGAUGAUCAGUGGGGUCAUCUACAGCUUGAUGCCACUUCAAUCUUUUUACUGUUCCUGGCACAGAUGACUGCAUCUGGUCUUCAUAUAGUCUACACUCUGGAUGAGGUUACCUUUGUCCAAAAUUUGGUAUUUUACAUUGAAGCAGCUUAUAAAACGGCGGACUUCGGGAUGUGGGAACGUGGCGAUAAGACGAAUCAAGGGAUUGCCGAGCUGAACGCCAGUUCAAUUGGAAUGGCCAAGGCUGCCCUGGAAGCGUUGGAUGAGCUGAAUUUGUUUGGUGCUAAAGGUGGCCCCCAGUCUGUUAUCCAUGUGUUGUCUGAUGAGAUCCAGCACUGCCAGUCUAUUCUUCAGUCCAUGCUUCCAAGAGCUUCCACAUCCAAGGAGAUAGAUGCCGGGGUCUUUUCCGUCAUCUCCUUUCCAGCCUUUGCCGUGGAGGACGCUCAGUUAGUGGACAUCACAAAACAGGAAAUCAUUAACAAAUUACAGGGCCGGUAUGGUUGUUGUCGCUUUCUGCGUGACGGAUAUCGUACUCCAAAAGAGGAUCCGACCCGGCUGUAUUAUGAGCCGGCGGAGCUGAAGCUCUUUGAGAAUAUUGAGUGUGAGUGGCCUCUGUUCUGGACGUAUUUAAUCCUCGAUGGCAUUUUCAUCGGUGAUAUGGAACAGGUGCAGGAAUAUAGAGAGGCUCUGGAAGGCGUCCUGAUCAAGGGGAAGCACGGCGUCCGCCUAGUUCCAGAAUUGUACAGUGUUCCCGAGGAGAAGGUGGAAGAAGAGUAUAGAAAUCCGCACUCUGUAGACCGAAUAGCCAUGGGGAAACUUCCACAUAUGUGGGGGCAAUCACUUUAUAUUUUAGGAUGUCUGAUGUCCGAGGGUUUCCUUGCUCCAGGAGAGAUUGAUCCUUUAAACAGGAGAUUUUCUACCGUCCCAAAACCAGAUGUGGUCGUCCAAGUUUGCAUCCUGGCAGAGACAGAAGAGAUCCAUGAUAUCCUUAAAAGACAUGGUAUAGAAGUGGAGACGAUGGCCAGCGUGAGUCCCAUCAGAGUCCAACCCGCCAGGAUCCUGAGUCACAUUUAUGCCAGGCUGGGACGCAAUAAAAAGAUGCACCUGACCGGAAGGCCAUACAGAAAUAUGGGCGUCUUGGGAACUUCCAAACUGUACAGCAUCCGACAGAACAUUUUUGCGUUCACACCCCAGUUCAUAGAUCAGCAACAGUUUUAUCUUGCCCUGGAUAACCGGAUGAUUGUAGAGAUGUUGCGUACGGACUUAUCCUACUUGUGUAGCAGAUGGAGAAUGACUGGGCGGCCCACCAUCACCUUUCCAGUAUCUCAAACCAUGCUUGAUGAGUCCGGCACAGACUUGGAUCCAGCUGUCUUAGCUACUUUCAGGAAACUCCAGGAUGGAUACUUUGGAGGUGCCAGGACACAGACGGGUCGCUUGUCUGACUUCCUCACCACAUCCUGCUGCAAACAUCUCAGCUUCAUGGACCCCGGUGUGGAGGGUAAGCUGUGUGCCUGGGGGAGUGGCUCGCACAUGGGCCAGCCAAUCAUUGUGCAGGAGCCAGACCAGCCCGUGCAUGUGGCUCUGCCGGCCGAUGAUGAAGACUCGGAGGAUGAGGUGGCUCAAUAUCUCAGCCAUCUUUUGAGCACCAGUGCACCUAAACCAGCGCCAGCCACACAGAAAGGGGGACUGCAUCGCUUCAAAGCGGCCAUUCACAGCACGCGGGAUCUCAUAUCCCUUCGCACAAAAGCUAGAAGUCUCAAUGUUCAGGAUGUACAGAUGUAUUUGCCUAGUAAGCUGUUAAAGUCAUCCCAGCCCUCCUUCGACUUGUUGGAUUAUGCACCCCAACAGCAGCAAGUCGGCAAGAUUCCAGCCAUCCAUGAAGAGAUGCCUCUUCCCCAGGAUACUUCGGGACAGACGGACUUUACUGCUCUGGUGGACCUCCUACGGGACACCUCCAAUGUCCAGGAGCAAGCUAAUAUUCUGUACCACCUAUAUACCAUGAAGGGAUUGGACUGGGACACACAAAUAUACGGCCAGCCCGGUGUAACGGUGAAAGACUUGUUGGUUGAGCUGUAUGGUAAAGUGGGAGCUUCCCGGCAAUGGGUGUUAAUUCGAUUCAUUUCUGGGAUCCUGAAGAAGAAAGUGGAAGCUCUGGAUGAGGCCUGCACAGAUCUUUUGUCCCACCAGAAACAGCUCACGGUUGGGUUGCCUCCUGAGCCAAGAGAGAAAACCAUUAUUGCGCCGUUGCCAUAUGACAAGCUCAUCCGAUUAAUCGAUGAGGCCAGUGAACAGAAUAUGAGCAUAUCUAUCCUCACCCAGGAAAUCCUGGUAUACCUGGCGAUGUAUAUGAGGACCCAGCCAUCUCUGUUUGCCGAGAUGUUCCGUUUGCGCAUUGGGCUCAUCAUCCAGGUGAUGGCCACAGAACUGUCCAAUUCCCUGCAGUGUUCUGCUGAAGAGGCCACCGAGAGUCUCAUGAACCUCAGCCCAUCUGACAUGAAGAGUCUUCUACACCACAUCCUAAGUGGAAAGGAGUUCGGGGUGGAGAGAAGUGUGCGGUCCAUGGACACGAUGGCCAGUCCGGCUAUUUCUAUUCGCGACCUGGGAGCCGUAGGAGCAACAAAGAGUGAGAGAGCCGGAAUCACACGUCUUAAAAGUGACAUCAAAGUGCUGGAUAGACGUAGGCAGUCUCUGGCUGCGGAAGGCCAGGAUGUGGAUGCCUUAUCAGCCACCUCAUUGAGGCCAGGCGAUGCUCUUUCUUCUUCUGGUGACCUUUACACCUCAUCCGAUGACGAUGGCGCCUCCGACACCCGACAAGGGCAGUGGCUCCGCAGAAGAAGACUGGAUGGGGCUUUGAACAGAGUACCAAUUGGCUUCUACCAGAAAGUCUGGGCAAUUUUGCAGAAGUGCCAUGGAUUGUCUGUGGAAGGGUUUGUCCUGCCUUCUUCCAGCACACGCGAGAUGACGCCCGGCGAGUUGAAGUUCUCAGCACAUGUGGAGUCCGUCUUGAACCGCGUUCCUCAGCCGGAGUAUCGGCAGCUGCUGGUGGAGGCCAUAUUGGUCCUGACCAUGCUUGCUGAAGUGGAUAUACAGAGUGUGGGGGGAAUCAUCCAUGUGGAGAAGAUUGUUCGCAUCGCCAAUGAGCUUUUCUGCCAAGAGCAGAAAGUGCUCGGCGCGGACGACGCCAUGCUGAAAGUUGACCCCGGAACUGGAAUCUGCUGCUUGCUGUACGACAGCGCCCCCAGCGGACGCUUCGGCACAAUGACUUACCUCUCCAAAUCGGUGGCCAUCACCUUGCAGGACUCUCUGCCGCACAGCGGUUGCUCCAUGCAGUGACCGACGGACAGUCCCCACCCGAGAAAUGCACUUUUGCCGCAGUCGCCUUUUUUUUUUUCUUUGCCUUGCCGCUUCUUGAGACUUACUCUGGUGUGUUAUCUGGUCACUGAUUGGACGAUUCGGUGACUUUGGUCGGCCAAGUGGCCCAAAUAUCGUACAGUUUACAGAAACGGACUGCAAAGCAAUAAUGAUGUGAGCUGGUCAUGUUAGACUCCAUGAACAGAAGCCUGGCUCUAGAAUCCCGCUACUAAAAUCUAGCCUGUGCAGCCGCCAUGUUUUAAAGUGUAUGUCCGGGCAAAAAUUCAAGAACAUGGUACUUCUAUGCAACGUCGGCACGUCUCCCAUGUACUGUGUCUUUAUAAUGUUGCAAGUACAAGAAAAAUAUCUGAUGAUCUGCCAGGAAUCCAGUGAGCACCUAACUGCCUGUAAUGAGGUGACAACGCUGCCUCUGCUGCACUGAAAUUCUAAACUGUGUUGUCAGCCCCGCCCAGUUCUCCUCUGUCAUACAUAAGCCCUCCCACUUGCCUCAUCUCCAUAACAUAAAAGGGAGUCCAGCAGAAAACUGGGCAGGUCUGUCAAAACUGCUCAAUAUAGAUGAGUGACAACCGAGUCUGACCC